AUGUUUACAUAUAACGCACCCGUUCCUUUUGGCGAGAAGAGCCUAGCCGCAAAUCUGGCGCUCCAAACAAAAACUCCCAAACCCGAGAAGCACAACGAAACGAAGGCCAUUGAUAUUGUAGCUGUUCAUGGCCUGACCCCCUGGGUGUCCGAUACUGGCUCUUCCUUCUGGCUGCGCGAUUUCAUUUCUAAGGACGUUCGCGGGGCCAGAGUCUUCACAUUUAAUUACGACGCUAAGGCAGUCUGGUUCAGCGGAGCGCCGAUAAGGAGCAUCCAUGACGUGGGUAGGGCCCUGCUUGUUGAAAUUGCUAUUGUUAGGGAGGAAGUACCGGUGACACGGCCUCUGGUGUUGAUCUGCCAUGGGUUCGGUGGCUUUAUAGUUGAAUCUCAGAUGCAUUCCUUAUCCUGUGGUAUCAUAUGGCUGAGGGAUUGUUACAUCAAGUGCUUGAAUGAUGCCUUCGCAAUCAAGCCACCAUUUCCAACGAUACUCGAUUACGCUCGAGGGGUCAUUUUUCUUAGUACGCCGCAACGUACGCCACAAGAUAUGUCCUGGGAGAAGCUCUUGACGCAAUGUGCCAUAGACGGUAUACCUCCAUGGUUGACUCGAGCUGAGCUGUCAGAUUUGAAAAGCCUUGAGUGGGCAAAGAGAAAUGCAGGUGUUCUGCGCGAUAUCUCCAAGGGCUUCAACGCAAGAGUGGCUGGGAAACUGAAAUUGGUUUCCUGCUACGAAGAGAUUCCGACACCAUCACGGCAAGAACUUAGUUUAAACAAGUUCUCCGCAGCUUUUGGUCUUCGCGGCGAGAAAAUCAUAUUGAUGGCGGGUUGCAGUCACCUUUCCAUGGCAUACUUCCCAGACAGGGACGAUGGAAACUACAAAGAAAUUUUCUCUGCUAUCAAGAGAAUCCGAAAAGCAGCAUUAAGUGAUACGGUACCCGUUGCUGCUGUUGACUAUCCCGAGUCCGGCUUGCACAGUCACACUCGAGAAAGCCAAAAUCCCUGGGACUGGGAAGCAUCCCAGAUGACGACUGUGCAUGCUCUCCCAAGUACUUCGUUGGUGGGUCGACAGCAUAUCAGCUUGCAGAAUGCAGCUUCCGCUACCAAUAAUGCAACCACACCAUCCUCGCCGAUGCCACUGCGUGCACUGGGUGCUCGGGACUUAGGUCAUGGAAUGUCGCCAACUCCUAUGACCAUGGUUAAGCAGCCACCUGCUCAUGGCAAAAUCCAGGAUGCGUCAGUGAUUUCUGUCCCGUCCCACUUCCCUAGUCCAAUAUUCCCACAAAUCGACCCCAGUAGGCAGAUUCGCAGGCGUCCAGUGGGUCAGCCUCCUAGUAGGCCAAUACCAAAUUCAUCUGCUCGCGAAUUACAGCCUGUUACGCAACGCCAACUUCCUACCUUACUACCAGGAGGGCCUCAUUAUGUACCUGAACAAUCAGGACAGGAAACACAACACACUCAACACAUAACCAUCAAUGCUCCAGUUACAGCGCUUGCGCCAAGGCCCUCCUCAAAGUCAUACAAUAAACCUCAAGAACUGCAGGAGCCUGGCCCUCUGAGCCCCGUGAAACCACCGUUGAGAGUCUUAAAUGCAGCACUGAGGCCACUGGUUACUCGUCAUCUCAUUGGUAAUGAGCCGGUGCUUCCUAGCUAUGGUAAUUCUGACGUGAGAAAGCAACAAAUACAUCAUGCAACUACAAAUACCAUGCCGACGGGUUCACUCCAGCGUUACGCCCCACAGCCUACUUCAGUCACCUACCAAUACCCUACCAUUCUACAUGCAUCUCCUACCAAGCACCCUGCGGCCCAUCCGGCUCCUCUGAGGCCAAAUAAAGCGGCCCCUUCAAAGAAAAAGGCAAAGACACCGCAAGUUUUAACAAGCGACCAAGUCCCUAAAUCUCAAAAACUACAAGGGACGAAGCCGGUGCCGCAAGAUUUCCGUCCACAGAAGGUUGACCCAGGAGCUAGACGACCCUCAAAGCCACAAACCACAGGUGGAACUAUCCCCAAAGUUCCUUCAACCCAUGUUCCUCCCAGUUUACAGCCAGGCCAGCGAGAACUACAGUCCAAGCCAGAAUAUACCCCACCUCCUAAGAGGUCCGGGUUCUUCAAGAGGCUGUACUCGUCUAGCAGCAGUUUGGCACCUACUUCCACCCCAGGAGGUGCCGGAAAGCCUUCGGCAUCCCAAAAUGACCCAUACCAGCCAUACAAGCCUCCAUUGAAGCCGCCCACUUUGGGAGGCCCUGGGGCAUACUCAGGAUCACGAGUUAACCCGUACAAGCCGUACAAGGCCCCGUCAAAUAUGCCCCUAUCAUACCAUAGCCCGCCGAAACACAGGCCAGACCCAUUCAUGCAUGGCCAUCAUGCCAAUGGCCAAUUUGGGUCAGGGCAGCAUUCAGCUUGGGGAUAUGGUAACCAGAUGGACCACGGUCAUGGCUUUAGUCAUGGACUAGGUCAACCUUCUAGUCACAGCAGUUAUGUUCCGGUUACGUCGGUGGGCCCUGUCGUGCCUACAGAUCCAGUCAAACCUACAGGUUCGGCUGGGCAACUUGAGCCUACGGGUCCGACUGCACCUAUGGGUCCAGUUGAACCUACAGAUCCGAUUGCGCCUACGAGCCAGACUGCGCCUAUAGAUCCGACUGCGCCUACGGGUCCGACUGCGCCUACGGGUCCAGUUGAACCUACAGAUCCGACUGCGCCUACGGGUCCGACUACGCCUACACGCCCGAUUGAGUCUACAUGCCCAGUUGAGCCAACAUAUCCAGUGGAGCCCACACAUUAUAUUGAGUCUCCGGGUCCUGUUGAUUUCAGAAGACUAGUUGAACCUACUAGUUUAGUAAAGCCAACAGAUCCAGUGAGACCAGCAGGUCCGUUUAAGCCUACAAACCCGCCAAUUGAGUCUGCAGGUCCGGUGAAGCAAGCAGACCCAGUUUGGCCUACAGGUCCGAUUGAGUCUAUAGGGCACGGCUUUGGUCAUUAUGAGAAUCAUGCGCAGUAUAAUAUGCAGGGUCACAGCUAUGAUCAGGCUUAUCAGUCCCAAAAACAAAGUAAUGGAGGAGGGACUAUAGCCGCUGGCGUUGCGGGUCUAUUGAUAGGAGGGGGUGGUGCAGCUAUUCUGGCAGCGAGCAUGAGCCAAAGCGAAGAAGGCGAAAGCAGCGAAGAAUACGAGGGCAACGAGGGCGAGGACGAGGAUGAAGGUGGAAGUGAAGAUGAGGAGAGUGACGAUGACGAUGACGAUGAUGAGGAAGACGAUGAUGAGGAAGACGAUGAUGAGGAAGACGAUGAUGAGGAAGACGAUGAUGAGGCAGACGAGGAGCAGGAUGAUGAUGAUGAUGAGGAAGACGAGGAGCAGGAUGAUGAUGAUGAGGACGAGGAUGAUGAUGAUGAGGAGGAGAGUGACGAUGAUGAGGAAGACGAUGAUGAUGAGGAAGACGAGGAUGAGGAUGAUGAUGAUGAGGAGAGUGACGAUGAUGAGGAAGACGAUGAUGAUGAGGAAGAGGAGGAUGAGGAUGAUGAUGAUGAUGAGGAAGACGAUGAUGAGGAUGAGGACGAUGAUGACGAUGAAGACGAUGAUGACGAUGAUGAGGAUGGCGCUGUUUAUAGCAAUGAUGAAGAUUCUGAAGGCUACUACUAG